GUGCCCCGAACAAAGAUGGCGGACUCAGGGAUGACGUGCCCCGAACAAAGAUGGCGGACUCAGGGCUCACGGGCCGUCGUGCCCCGAACAAAGAUGGCGGACUCAGGGAUGUCGUGCCCCGGACAAAAAUGGCGUCAGCAGAUGACAGAUUCCGGUCCGCCGGCCGGGCGGACUCCUGUGACUGUUUCCGGUCACGGUGCGGCGCAGAGGAUUGUGGGGUGGGCGGAGGGGGGUGUUUCCGUUGUGGGAGGGAGGCCACCCCUUCCUGGGCUGAUGCCGAACGCGGGACUCGGGGAGGCGGGAGCCCCCGGGGGGCCGGAGCGGGGGCCCUUCCUGCCGGGGCACUUCCCCCUCAGCCUGCUCACCAGGUAUGGCUGGGACCCCAACUUAGAACACCGCAAAGAAGAGGAUCUCAACAACUUAAUGGAGAAGCUGAUGAUGGAGAACUUGUAUGCCCCCCCCAAAGCCGAGGAGAUAGCAGACUCGGACGACGAGCUCUGCUAUUACUACGACAACGAUGAGGAGUAUGACGAGGAGGAGGAGGAGAAGUGGGUUGAUUCCAACAAGGAAUACGAUGCAAAGACUGACGAGGACUCAGUCCCUGGCACCUUCUGUGGCUUCAGGAAAUCCUUCCUGUGCAAGGACACCUCACCAGCUCCCCUGCCCCAGAGCUCGCUGGACUAUCAACUGCUGGACCUGAAACUGCCCCAGAGGCAGCGGGUGACCGCAGAGGAAGCGGAGAAGAACGCCAAGGAGCUGGUAGCUGAGGAGGAGCGAGUUAAAAGGAAAGCAGAGAAGAAAAGACUUAAGAAGAAGAGGCAGAAAGACCGGAAGAGGCAAGAAAAACUAGAACAAGAAUUGAAGCCCAAGCCCGAGAUGAAGUCGAAUGAACCUUGUCUGAAUGGUGACGCGGAGGAGGAAGGCGCCAUGACAUCGUUGCGGAAGGGGCCCCUGGACUCCAGCCCCUCCUGGAGAGAUCCCGGCAAGGCCCCAGCUCCUAGGAGAGGGGAGGGAGCCAGGGCCCAGGUCAGGAGUGCAGACAUGAGCACCGAGGAGGAGACGGAGGAUGAGCUGGACUUGAGCAGCACCUUUGUCUCCAAAGCUCAGCGUAAGGUGGGUGUGAAGCCGCUGGCGCCCAGGAAGGAGAAGGCGCCCAGAGCUGAGCACAAGGACCCGGAGAGGAAGCCCCAGCAGGAGGUGCCGAGGCCUGGGCAGGAUGUGAGCGGAGUGGAUCCCAGCACAGUGCUAGCAGGCUAUGGGUACGAGGCGGCGGCGCGGGGCUGCUUCCAGGAGGCCGUGCUCUUCUUCACUGAGGCUGUCAAACUCAACCCUCGGGAGCACAGGCUCUUUGGGAACCGCUCGUACUGCUAUGAGAGGAUGCAGCAGUACGACAAGGCCCUGAGUGACGCCCACGUGGCCUUGAGCCUCCUGCCCGGCUGGCCCAAAGGCUUUUUCCGCAAGGGCAAGGCCCUCAUGGGGCUGCAGCGCUAUGCCGAGGCCGAAAGCACCUUCCUGGAGCUGCUGCGGCUGGACAGGUCCCAUGCCGACGCAGCUGCCCAGCUGGAAAUGUGCCAGGUGCAGCUCAUCCUGGAGAACGGCUUUAGCGGCGAGAGGAGCCUGCCCAUGGAGCCGUCGCUGGGAGCCACGGAGUCUCAGCUGGCGGGGUCUGGUGAGCCGGCCAGGAGCUGGUCCCCGGGCAGCAGUGGCUGCGCCGAGGGGGACGAGGAUGGGGAGAGCGGGUUUGUGACCAUCACUAACUCGCGGAGUCGAGGGAAAGGCCCAGCCCAGCAGGGGCUCCAGGCCAGCGGCAGGGAGACCCCAGCUAGCACCAGACACCCCGUAGCCACUGUGCAUCAGGCCAGGGAGUGGUACGCUGUGUGGGUUGGGAACGUCACCCCCAGGAUCACCCAGAAGUUGCUGCGCAGCUGUUUUGAGGGGUUUGGGCCCAUCCACUCGGUGCGGAUGCUCCCGGAGAAGUACUGCGCCUUCAUCAACUACACCAAGAAGGAGGCGGCGGAGGCGGCCUACGCAGCCCUGCAGGGGGCUGAAGUGGAAGGAACCAAGUUUGUGCUGCAGCUGAAGCACCCUGACCAUGCAACCCCGGCCCCGGGUCGGGCUGGCCCUGGCAACGCCCCGCGGCCCGUGGGGAGGGAGCCGGUGCGAGUGCCCCCCACCCUGGAGUGCCAUUUCUGGCGGAACGCCGGCUGCAGCUACGGGGCCGACUGCCGUUUCCGCCACCUGCCCCAGAGCAAGGGGCUGGACAAGAAGCUGGCUCAGCACUAGGGCCCUGCCCUGGCCCCGUCGUCGUUGCAGGGGCCUGGAGGCCGGAUGUCCCCAGGCUGACAGCUGGCUCCUGCCUGGCCACGCUGCCUCGAGAGCACACGAGUGACUGGAUGGCCACAGUGCUGGGCCUUCCCGAGGCCCCUCCAGCUGCUGCCUGUUGCCAGCCAGUGGGCGUCACCCCCCCGGGUAGGGCUGGACUCGCUGCUGUGUGGCUCGGGACCCUGGCUGGCUGUGCUGCGGGUUCCCCUUCCCUAGGAAGGAGCCAUGUGUGCUGAGUGGGGCGGCCUCCCAGGGGCUGCCUCGGGGUUGGUUGGCCUGGAGGGAAUGGCCGGGAGGGCUGGAAUUGCCCAGUGGGGGGGCACUGUGCCCCACACCUAUGGGGGCACUGGAGCUGGCUGCAGCCCCCUUUGCCUUAUUAUGGAGUGAGGCCUAUGGGUACUACGACUCCCAGCAUGCCCUGGAGCCAUGCUGUUGGGAUGAAGGGCAGUGUGGCAUGCUGGGAGUUGUAGUCUCCACCCCCCCAGGCUGCUCUUCCAUGGCUAUUUCAUACCAAAAAUUGUCCCGGAGCAGGUUCCUCCCUCAGCCACGCUCUCUGCUUCCUGCCUUCUGAUUGGCUGAGCCCCGGGUCUGUUACAUUGACUCUGCCCUGCUAGGGCCUGUCUGCGCUGCGAUGAUUUGCGCCCUCUGGGGCACCGGGCACUGGCCCGUCGGCAGACAGGACACUGGGCUAGAUGGACCAUUGGCCUGACCCAUUCUGGUCGCUCUCCUGUAGCUCUUUGCGGGGGCUGGCUGGGUGGGGAGCGUGGCCCAGGGGCAGGGUCGGGCUGCGGCCCCUGUCCAUUAGAGACACCCCCGGUUCCACUUACUCGGGCUUUUAACAUUGUCCCUUUGUUCCUGGACCAUCCCUCUGCCUUCGGGGCUAACCUGGGUCACCCCAUGCAGAGCCCCACCAGCCUGGGCCAGCCCCUUGCUCCCCUGCCACGCCCGGCUGGUCCCGGAUCCCCAUUCGCUGAUGUGCAGCGACGCCCUUGGGGCUCUCUGCCCCGGCGCCGGCUCCGUUCUUCGGCUCCGGCCCAGUCUGGCUGCCCUCUACCUCACCUGUCUCCCACAGCCCUGAGUGCAAAGCCAGCUGGGUACCAGAGAGCUGCCUUGCCCUGCUGAUCAGAGACCGGCUGGCUGCUGGGGGCAGGUGCCGGGCUGGGGGGGGCUGAGGGGCCAGGAUCUGCCUGCGGGAGAUGAUGCGAAUUGACCUCUGAUGGCCCUGAGAGCGCCCGGUGGGUGGGCCUUGCUCCCGGGCUAUGGGGAGGGGAGCUGUUGUCCUGGUGGAGCUCCGCAGGCUCUCCCCCCGGCCAGCCCCGGGUUUGCAGUGGCUGCGGCUGGGGUGACCAGACGUCCCGAUUUUAGGGGACUUGUCCCGCGUCCCAACUUUACAUUGGUCGGGACGCACUUUGUCCUGAUAUCGGGGGACCGUCUGGUGGAGGACGUAAGCCGGCACUGCCGGCGCCGCUCACCUCUUCUUCCUGGGCCCUGUGGCAGCGCAGCUGAUCUCCCAGCGCCUGCCUGCCCGCCGGCUGCAGCCCCACUCCCCAGGCACGCACAGAGACGGCGAGGAGGUCUCCACUGUGUGCUGCAGGGGCGGGGGGGGCUUGUAGGCUCCGGCAGCGACCCCCCCGCCCCUGUCCCCGACCUGACCCGACCCGAGCGACCUUAGGAGCCAAAGGGACAGGACCGGCCUGCUGGAUGCUCCCUGGGAGCCGCUCCAGAUAAGGCUAGCCCUGCCUGGGACUCACCUGGCCCCCUGGCAGGUCCCUCUGGCGGGGGGAGGGGGGGCUCUGCGUGCUGCCCCCCUCCCUCCCCAAGGGGGGAGGUGGAGACGGAGCGGAGGCAAGCUGGUGGGGGGCGGGGAGUGGAGCUGCCGGUGGGUUCUCAGUUUUUCCUCUGCUCCGGCAGUUUUUUUUUUUUUACUCCGUCCCCCCCGCGUCCCGAUAUUUGACCUCUGUCAUCUGGUCUCCCUAGCUGUGGCGCCCAGUGGGAAUUUGUUCAGGGAUUUGUACCUACCUGGGGAUUUACAGAUUGUUCCUAAUAAAACUCAUGGAAGAA